GUAGCACGGGUACUCUGUACAAAAUGCGGUCAAUAUCGUGGAUCACCCUCCUGGGUGCCGUCCCAGCAAUUAGAGCUCAGUUUGUUACAGCUCCUACAGACCUUAUUGAAAAGAAAGGUUAUAUGGACAUCCCGGUGCGAUACAAGGAGGUACCGACAGGGAUCUGUGAGACGGAUCCCAACACAAAAAGCUACUCCGGAUAUGUGGACGUUGCAGAAGAUCAGCAUCUUUUUUUCUGGUUCUUCGAAGCACGUAAUCAGGACCCAAAGACUGCACCGCUGACUGUGUGGAUUAACGGAGGUCCUGGUUCUUCGUCGAUGAUCGGCCUCUUCCAGGAAAAUGGACCCUGCGGCAUCGACUCUGAUGGAAACGUGUAUAGCAAUCCAUACUCGUGGAACAAUGCUAGCAACAUGAUUUACAUUGACCAACCGACUCAAGUGGGCUUCUCAUAUAGUAUCCCAGUUCCAGGGUACAUCGAUCCAAGCACCGACGACAUAAUCGUGCUACCUUCCAAUUCCUGCCCUGACUACGCAGCUGACUUGUCAUGCGGCACAUAUCCCUACGGCAAUGCAAGUCUGACGGCGAACAGCACAGACAAUGCAGCACCAUACUUUUACCGUGCUUUGCAAGGCUUCAUGGGAGCCUUCCCACAGUACUCUCGGGAAUCUUUCCAUUUCACUACAGAGAGUUAUGGUGGUCACUACGGACCAGUCUUCAAUGAAUAUAUUGAGCAGCAGAACAAAAAUCUCGAGCGCGGGGCAAAGAAAAUCUCUCUUGAAUCUGUCUUGAUCGGGAACGGAUGGUACGACCCGAUUGUUCAGUAUGCGGCGUACUACAACUUCACAGUUUAUCCUGGAAACACUUACGACUACCUUCCUUUCAACGACUCAGUAGCUUCAUUGUUGUACAACAAUCUCUGGGGCCCAGGAAAUUGUAUCGACCAGCUUUUAGACUGCGCAGCAAGAGGCAGCAACGAGAUAUGCAGCAUUGCCGACAAAUUCUGCGCCAACCACGUCGAAAACAUUUACGACAUCUAUCUUAACCGAGACGAGUAUGAUUUCCGUGAGCUGAUGCCGGAUCCAUUCCCAUACGAGUUCUACGUCGACUACCUUAAUACUCCUGAGGUGCAAGCUGCCAUUGGUGCCUACGUCAACUUCACCGAGGGCAGCGAAUCAGUCGGCAAUGCAUUUUCGGCUACUGGAGAUGACGGUCGUAUUAUGAAUACCGUUGAGGAUCUCGGGAAAUUGGUUGACCAGGGCGUGACUGUUGUGAUGUACACCGGUGACGCUGACUAUAACUGCAACUGGCUUGGUGGCCAGGAAGUCGCCUCUAUGGUGGAUGCUCCUGGCUACAGCAGCGCGGGAUACGUGAACAUUACUACCGACGAUGGUGUUGUGCAUGGUCAGGUACGACAAGCUGGGCACUUUGCGUUUGUGCGAAUCUACGAAAGUGGUCAUGAGGUGCCUUUCUAUCAGCCAGUGAUUUCUCUAAGCAUGUUUGAACGUGCAAUCAAAGGACUCGAUAUCGCAACCGGCGAGGUCAAGGCACACAAGGGGUAUAAAACUGUCGGGCCUCCCGAGAGUACUUACAAGGAGGGCAACUCUACCAUUCAGUGGAAGGUGGUUGAUCCGAGUGCUACGUACAACACUACAACAAACGAGCCGAACCCUGUUGCGCGGUCAAUGAAGAGGAGUGUUCAAAAGAGCGCUCGUCGAUUCAAGCCUUAGCUGAUGUAAUAUCGUCUGAUUAGUAGACAUGUAUCCAAGCCAGACUAGCCUGGCCAACUUAGUAAUAUGAAGACUUUCAAC